CAGCGGCCACCGUCACAGGGGCGGUGCCAGACUACGGAGGCCGCGAGGGGCGCGCGGCUGGGCGGGCCGGGGGCGCGGGGCCGGGCGCCGGGCGCCAUGGGCAACCUGUUUGGCCGCAAGAAGCAGAGCCGGGUCACCGAGCAGGACAAGGCCAUCCUGCAACUGAAGCAGCAGCGGGACAAGCUGAAGCAGUACCAGCGUAGGAUCACCCAGCAGCUGGAGCGUGAGCGUGAGGUGGCCCGGCAGCUGCUGCGGGAGGGCAAAAAGGAGCGCGCCAAGCUGCUGCUCAAGAAGAAGCGGUACCGGGAGCAGCUCCUGGACAAGACAGAGAAUCAGAUCAGUAGCCUGGAGAGCAUGGUGCAGAGCAUUGAGUUCACGCAGAUCGAGAUGAAGGUGAUGGAGGGGCUGCAGUUUGGAAACGAGUGUCUAAAGAAGAUGCACCAGGUCAUGUCCAUCGAGGAGGUGGAACGGAUUCUGGAUGAGACCCAGGAGGCUGUGGAGUACCAGAGGCAAAUAGACGAGCUGCUGGCAGGAAGCCUCACUCAGGAGGAUGAAGAGGCCAUCCUGGAGGAGCUAGACGCCAUAACUCAGGAGCAGAUAGAGCUGCCUGAUGUCCCUUCAGAGCCGCUGCCCGAGAAGCAUCCAGAAAAGGUCCCUGGCAAGGCCAGGCCCCGGCAGGCGGAGCUGGUGGCAGCCUCGUAAAAUUUUCCCCACGUGGACCUCACGGGGCUCCUCAUGGACAGGCACAGAGUCCGGGGGCGCUGACCAGGCUCUGGAGGCUGCUGGCUGGCAGCAGUGAUGCUGACAGGUGAUGCGUGCAGCCAGGACCAGACCAGACUAGCCCUGCCUGGCACUGCCUCCUGGCAUCUCUGGAUCACAGGCAGCGCUCAAGCUCCAGUGGCUGUGACUCCUGGGCCGGCCCAGACACCCUGGUACUGGUCACACAUUCGUCCUGACUCUGAGGCCAUCCUUCAUGGACAAGCCCCUCCCUCUGCUCUACUUCCUGCACCAAAGGGUCCUUCCACCCACUCCUUCAAGAUAAGGAGUCCUAGUGCAGUGCUGCCUAGGCAAUGAUGGAGAAGGACUCCCAGGACAGAGCUGGCCCUGGCCCCAGUAGUGCCUGCUGGCCUGCCCGCCCUUCAGCACAGAGGAUUCAGCCUACGGGUCUGUAAGGAGACCCCCCCUGCGGCAUCACUUUGGGCCUCAAGGGCCCAAGAACCUAAAAGGGACCCUUCUCACCCCAGCAGGCCAGCCCUCUAUUAAAGCUGAUGCCACAGGG